GAAAGCUUCCUCACAUACCGGGCUCACCGAGCCCAGCAGCCUUCGUGUCCAACGAGUCGGACGAGAUGGAGUUCAUCACACCGGAUGGCUGGGACGGAGUCGAGGAGCCAGUCCUGCUCAGGACCCGCGUGUUCUCGAGCCUGGCGGAGGUCCAGGAGGCCUACGAGGCGCACCUCUUGCCCAUCGAGGACUUCGAGAACGACCCGAUCGACGACAGCGAGCCGGACGACGACUGGACAAACUGCCUGUACAUGACCUACCACGAGCUCUCCGACCUCAGGCACGGCGAGAUGGACGUGGACUGUGCGACAGCACAGGUGGGCGACACGACGGACUCGAACAACCUGUCGAGACGCGAGCAGCGUCAACUGGAUCGUGAAAUCCCCUGGCGGGAGAUCGCAGAGUACCCGGAGGACCAGUUCAUGGAGUACGUCAAGGCCUUGCGCAAGGAGUGCCAGAACUGGGACACCUGGAAGUCCGUUCGGGCCUGCUCGCAGGAGGAGGCCGAACAAGUUCGUCGUGACCCUCAUCUCCGCAAACGGUGCAACCGCUCGCGCGUGUGCUACCGGGACAAGAACUUGGGGUUUCCGCCGUUGAAGGCCAAGGCUCGCCCGGUGUUGCUGGGGUUCUCCGACCCCGACCUGGAGAAGUUGCCGCGCAACGCCCCGGUGCUGACCGACGCCGGCAAGAAGCUGAUCUGCCAGAUCGCGGUCUCGAAUGACUGGCGAGUCGGGACCGGAGACGCGGAGAGCGCCUUUCUCCAGGGAGGCGCACAGAGUGAGCGCGAGGAGGCGAUCUACAUGAUUCCGCCCAAGGACCCGAUAGUUCAAGCCGCCGGAGUCUACACCGCCCCGCUCUACGAGGUGGUUGGCAACCUGUACGGUCAGUCGACGGCGCCGUACCUGUGGUACAAGCACGUGGUGACGACCUUCCUGGCGCUGGGCAGCAAGCUCCACAGUCCGUACAGUGGAAGUUUGUUUGUUCAUCAAGCGGCCUACACUAAGGCGGUUGCAGUCACGAAGGUUGGAGUUAUGUCCAGCACUCGGUCUUCUUCUAAGCUGACGCGCUCGGAGCGCGAAGAUCUGGAGUCUGCUGUCGGUUCGCUCCAGUGGUUGUCCGGACACACACGCCCAGACCUGUCAGCCGCGGUUUCCCUUGUCCAGAGGACCGACCCCGAGCUGAACGACCUACGGAUGGCCAUGAAGCACGUAGAGUACGCGCACCGCACAGCCCAGACUGGCAUCCUGAUCGUCUGCGUCGAUUUGAGCCGCGCCUGCUUCGUGAGUUUUGCAGACAGCUCAUGGGCGAACGCUCCAGGAUUGAAGACCCAGAUCGGCACCCUCAUCUUUCUGGCAGACGAGGUGAUACUCACCGGACCCACGUCAUGUACUCUCUUGUUUCACAAGUCCAAGAGAACGCCGAGAGUGGUGAGAUCUACGCUGGCUGGGGAAGCUAUCGCGCAGGACCUGGGAGUGGACUACGCGUCGUACUUGUCGAAGUUCCUGUCCGAGAUGUUGACCGGACGGCCUGCUGGCCGACACCCACCGAUCUUCGAGGUUAUCACCGUUACCGACUGCAAGUCUCUGUACGAUGCCCUCCACCAGCUCACCCCGAGUUUGUCUGAGAAACGUACUGUGAUCGACGUGAUUUCCAUUCGUGACGAGGUGAAGGUCAAGAACGUCAGAUGGAUCCCUCCGACGCACAUGAUAGCCGACGGCAUGACCAAGGAGGAUCCGAAGCUUCGUGAGAAUCUGACCAAGUUCCUGGCGGAUCCAGUGCUGUCGCUCGUGGAGUCGAUUGCUUGCGAGGAGCUGACCGCGCGUGCGGCGUGCGGCGGGGCGGCCACCGAGCCAUGGCCAGCGCGGCGGCAGGCGCCGCCGCGCCCCGGCUCGCCGCGCCGGGUGCGCGCGCGGCCGCGGCGCUCGGCGCCGCAGCGGGCACCACGGCGCUCGGCGGCGCAGCGGCAGGCUGGGGGGCCCGCCGCGGCGACGGGCGCGCGCGGCCGCUGCCACGCGGGCGCCGGCGGCGCCGCGGCCGCGGCCUCGCAGGCGGUGCCGCUGGGCGCGGCGGCGGCGCGGUGCGAGGAGAGGGGCCGCUUCGAGGUGUUCACGAAGGAGCAGUACCUGGAGAAGAAGAGGCCGGUUUCGACCACGUACGUCGAGGCGGCCGGCGGCAUGCGUUACAGGGACCUGAAGAUCGGCUCGGGCCCGGAGGCGCUGAGGGGCUUGCUCGUGGGAAUCCACUUCGAGGGGCAGCGCCUCAACGGGCGGGUCAUCGAGAGCUCCUGGAACCAGACGGCCAUGCCGCUGUACAUAGAGGCGGGCGGCACCCCCGAGUUCCCCGCCCUCGGCGAGGGCGUCGUCGGCAUGCGCGAGGGCGGGCGCCGCGAGCUCAUCGUGCCCCCGGGCAUGAACCGCCCUGGGGUCGAGGAGGUGAUGGCCUACACCCUCGAGCUGGGCGCCGUGACCUCGCAGCGGGGCCCCGGCGCCGGGGGCGCGGGCGGCCCCCGUGCGUGA